UCGCCAUCGAUCGUCAGUACACCCAUAGUCAAACGUCUGGCUCAAAAAGAAACGAAAGUUUGUGGAAAUGUUCUAACUUUUUCCGUUUGUUUUUUUUUUGUUAAUAUUUGUUGCGGGAUUCUCUUGGAUCUGGAGUGGUUUACAUUCCUGCACGUCCCAUUCUUGUGUCAUUCCCAUUCGGGACCCCUUCUGAACUGAUCCGCAGCUGUUGCCUGGGCAAGUCUGAGGGUGGGGAGUGAGAAAAGGUGGGAGGUCGGUAAAUCCUCCAUCAAGGAGCCCAGGUGAUUCUCGGCAACACAGUGAGGACAGCAGAAAUCUCAACCCAGCAAAACUACCACCGAAUGAUUUAAGGGUUUGGUUCCAGAAGAGGAAAGCAACUCGCUCCGUCUGUUUGUGUGUAAGAGAGAGAGAGGUCCCAGACACACCUUAAACCCACCCAGCCUGCCCCCAGGGAAUUAACUCGGAAGAUUGGGGCAUUCUCGAUUGUACUAAAGGUGAUGGUUAAGCGCUGUUGACAGAUAUUGGUGCAGAAUGUGGACCGUUUUGAUCACGAUCCUGUGGGCGUCCAUCAGAACUCAGCCAUUGAGUGGAGAAGCAUUGACAACACGUAGAGAUAUUCCGUGCCCACGUGUACAUGGCGAUGGAUGGAAGUUACAGAACCAGGGGCAAUAUGUUAAUGUUUCAGGUUUUAAUUUGCUCCGGAGGUUCUCCCUGUUUAAGACACCAGCAGUGAAGAAAAUCCGGAAUCCAAUGGGAUCUUUAACCGUGAGAUUAGGCACAUUGUCACUCGUCAGACCCACUGAACUGGUCUUCCCCCGGGGGCUGCCACAGGACUUCACAUUUCUCGCAACAUUGAUGCUGAAAAAGAAGAAACUGAAGCAGAACUGGUACAUGAUAAAAAUCACUGACCAGCAGGGCCUGACUCAGUUUUCAGUCCGUAUCGAUGGAAGGGACAAAGUAGUGGAGUACAAGGCCAAAAGUCGUUUCCAUGACUAUGUGACCUGGGUGUUCAGCAGCGAAGGGGUGGCUGCCCUUUUCGAUCUUCGGUGGCAUAAGCUGGUGAUCAGCGUGCAGGCGAAUGUGGCCUCCCUCUACAUUGACUGCCAGCUAAUCGAGAUCAAAUCAGUGGAAGAGAGAGCUGACAUUAAUAUUGAGGGUCAGACAGUCAUGGGCAGACUGGUCGAGGACAACAAGCCAGCUGAGGUUGACCUACAACAGAUGAUUCUGUUCUGUGACCCUCUCAUGGCGGAGAAGGUGACGUGUUGUGAGAUCCCAGGUGUCAGGUGUCCAACCGAGUCACUCAUUCCAAAGAGCCGGAGGAAUGCUGAGGUGAAGAAUCCAAUUGUAGCCCUACCUCAGAUGAGUGGGAAGUUUCACACCAAGUGUUUCUGUGUUGAUGAGGACACAAAGGCAAAGCUUGGUAAAACUGGCCGAGGAGAGAAUGGUGAAGAGUGUAAGUCAUGCAUCCGAAGGGAACCUGAACAAAAUGAAGCCAGUGGAAUGGCCAUACAGAAGAAUGAAGGCUGUGUAGCGUGUCCACAAGGGCAGAAAGGAGAGAAGGGAGAGCCGCCUCUGAAUCUUGAGAAAGGUCAGAAGGGUGAGCCAGGAUUGCAGGGAUCUGCUGGUCUCCCUGGAAGAGAUGGGAAACCAGGAGAGUUGUGUGUGACUGGGCCAAAGGGUGCUAAGGGAGAUCCAGGACCAGUUGGGCCAGAGGGAUUGGUUGGCGAGCCAGGAUCUCCAGGACACCCAGGACUGCCAGGAAUUCCAGGAAAACCGGGAAAACCUGGAGGCCCACCCGGACCAAAAGGAGACACGGGAAGUGACGGAGAUCCUGGCCCUGAAGGCAUCCCAGGGAAACCUGGUAAACCUGGAUUACCGGGUCCAAAGGGAGAAAAGGGAGAUCAAUGUGGGGUUUGCCCUACACAGCCUGAGGGAACUGGAGGUGAUGCCAAAUUUCCAGGAGGCCAUAUUCAGGGAGUGGAGCCUGGGGUGGCUGGGAAACUGGGUGUGUCUGGGCCUCCAGGAACACAGGGUGAGAAGGGAGAUACAGGAGAUCCUGGUCUGAAAGGAGAGAAGGGUGAAUCCUGCAAAGCCUGUCCACAACUCCCUGACAAGCUCGGAAACAUUGUGGGACUUCCAGGACCACCAGGAGCUAAAGGUGACCCAGGACCCCCAGGAGUUCAAGAACCUGGACCACCUGGCCAACCCGGAGCACCAGGUCUGCAUGGCUUAAAGGGAGAAAAGGGUAACAUCGGCAAAUCAGGAGCCACGGGGAAAACCGGUAAACGUGGCAAUCAGGGGAUCCCUGGGCAUGAGGGCGAAAAGGGUAACAAGGGUGAUCACGGGGAUCGAGGAAUCACAGGAGCUCCAGGAACCAAAGGAGAAAAGGGCGAUGGAUGUGGGCCGUGUCUGACUGCUCAACCUGGUCAUCUCCAAACAUUUGUCCCAGAUGAUGGAAACAAGAGCUAUACUGAAAGACAACCUGCAUCUCAAACUCAACCUGGCCGACAGGGUGAUCCUGGUCCAAAGGGUGACACAGGAGAGCCGGGCACAAAAGGAAUUCCAGGUAUCCCUGGGAUUCCAGGGGUACGUGGCCGCCAUGGACUUAAAGGUGAAAAGGGGGAUCAGUGUGAGAUUUGCCCCACCAUUCCAGAAGACUUCAAAGACGUGAUAGGACUUCCAGGGAAACCAGGCCCUCAGGGAGACCCUGGACCACCUGGGACAGGAGAACCAGGAAAACAUGGUGAACCAGGACUGCAGGGAUUGACGGGAUCUCCAGGUAUGAAGGGUGAAAAGGGACAGGCAGGACCUCCUGGGAAAGGACUGCCCGGACUGCCAGGAAAGGAUGGCUUAAUGGGAAAGCCAGGAAAUCCGGGUGCAGCAGGAAUCCCGGGGACUCCAGGAGAUACAGGACCAAAGGGCAGCAAAGGACAAGCUGGAGAGCACGGGAUCCCAGGUCACCCAGGGGCCCCUGGUGUGGGGUUACCUGGGAUACGGGGAAAAGAUGGAGAAACUGGAGAUUCAGGGUUACCAGGGAAACGAGGUCUGCCAGGUGUGCCAGGAAUUAAAGGUGAAAAGGGAGCAACUGCUGAGCCGUGCACCUGUGUUAACGGACUCCCAAUCCAACCAGGAGACAGCAGACACCCUGGAGAUUCUGGAGAAAUAGGCCAUCCUGGGGCAGCAGGUGAUCGAGUGGUGUGGCCUCUGGGCCCACCUGGACCACCUGGCCCACCUGGGCUGCCAGGCCCACCUGGAUCACCAGGGUUACCCGGAGGAAAUGGCCGACAGGGAAUUCCAGGGAAUGAUGGGAUGCCUGGUGCCCCUGGACUUCCAGGAAUGUCUCCGCUAUCACUGUUUGCUGAGAGGAACAGUUCAUACUUCAAGACUUUCUGUGGUAACUGUAGUUCCGGAUCUCCUGGAGCACAGGCAUUCACAGGAGUGAAGGUGGAGCAAAUCGAACAUGGCACUCCUGGAGCAGCUGGUGUGGACCACUGCGAAAAGUGCAAGCAGCAACAGCGUGAGCUUCCUAGAAUAGAGGAGGAGACGCCAAACAAUAGAGACUGUGGAUAUCCAGGACUUCCAGGGAUGCCCGGCCCUCCAGGUGAAACAGGAGUGAAAGGAGAACAGGGUCCUCCAGGUCUCCGAGGAUAUGCUGGGCCCCCAGGGCCACCUGGCCCUCCUGGAUUCCCUGGUGGUCCUGGAACCUCAGGUUUACCUGGUCUUCAGGGAGAACGGGGAUUACCUGGGAUGGCUGGACAUAAAGGAGACCAGGGUCCUCCAGGCACCCCCGGAUACCCAGGAUCAGUGGGAAUGCCUGGCAUCCCGGGCCUUAAAGGAGAGAAAGGUUAUUCUGGUCCUGCUGGAGAGAAAGGCGAGCCGGGCCCGCCCGGUAUCCCUGGUUCCCUAGGCCCAGCAGGGCCUGCGGGCCCCAAAGGUGGCACAGGAUUACCUGGUUCUCGAGGUGAGAAGGGAGAUCAAGGAUUUCAAGGACAGCCUGGAUUCCCUGGACAGCCGGGGCCAAUAGGGUUCCCAGGAAAGUCUGGGUCAUCUGGACCCCCAGGAUCUUCUGGAGAAAAGGGUAAUGAUGGGAGUGUGGGUCCAGCAGGGCCAGUUGGCCCCACAGGUCGAAGUGGACCCCCUGGAUUACAGGGCCCUCCAGGAGUAGAUGGUCUGGAUGGGAAGGACGGGAAGCCAGGGCUACGGGGUGAGAUUGGUCCAGUUGGACCCCCAGGGCCCAGGGGUCCGCAUGGAUUUAAAGGAAAACAUGGACUUCCAGGGCAACCCGGACAGAGAGGUGAACCAGGAACAGCAGGACCACCUGGAAGUGCAGGCCGGCCAGGUUUUGAGGGUGAGCCUGGCCCACCAGGACCUUUGGGACCUCCGGGAUCUCCUGGCCAUGUUGGGGCAGCUGGGAUUCCAGGAGCUCCUGGACCUGCAGGACCACCAGGCGUGGGAACAAAGGGUGAUCGAGGAACGAUGGGAGAAAGAGGCCUCCCUGGAUUGGCGGGUCCCCCUGGUUCUCCUGGAGCCCCUGGGUUGAUGGGAGAGCCAGGCCAAGAUGGUCCAGUGGGAAAAGAGGGUUCACCGGGUGCACCUGGAAUUGUGGGGCCACCUGGGUCAAAGGGUGAGCCAGGAACACAGGGUGAAAAGGGCGCCCAGGGAGCAAGAGGACCACCUGGGAUAUACGGAGGGUACUCGGGCAAGAGUAGUGGCAUGGGACUCCCUGGCCCUCCAGGCUCUCCUGGAGAAAGAGGAUUGCCCGGCCCCUCAGGACCUGCAGGUUCUCCUGGAAUUCCAGGAACACCCGGAACACCAGGAACAGCGGCUGAAGCUGUUAAUUUUGAUGAGAUCAAGAGGUUAAUAAGACAGGAAGUUACAAAAAUCUUUGAUGAAAGAAUGGCAUACUACCUAGCCAGAAUACGUAUUCCAGAUUCAACAAGCCCAGGAAGGCCAGGACCCCCUGGUAAGGUUGGAGCGACUGGACAUCCUGGACAACCAGGUCAGCCUGGAUUGCCAGGACAAAGUGGAAGAGAUGGACGACCUGGAUUACCUGGGCCAAAAGGUCCUACUGGUCCUAAGGGAGACCGAGGUGAAAAUGGCAUUGGCCGUUUGGGUGAGCCAGGAACACCUGGACCUACAGGUCCACCAGGACUCCCGGGAUAUGGUAAAAUUGGCCCGCCGGGUCCAGCCGGCCAACAGGGUGUGCCAGGUGUCCCAGGCCCACCAGGACUUCAAGGAACAUCAGGGAAAAAUGGGCGUUGCACACCCUCUGACUGCAUCAUGAGGGUACCUGAGCCUUUUAGUGCCAAGAAUUCAAAAGGACCACCUCAUUGGAUGAAUUAAUAAAGACUUUCCUUCAUUUGCAUUUUUUUUAGGGGGGGAUGGUUGAGAUGUCUGAUUUUUUUUUCCCUCAGUUAUUCCUUUUGAAUGAAUCAUGCGAACAGCCUUUGAAGGUUGGCCCAAGCAGUGAUUUAUCCACCCAAUGUAUUAUUUAAAUGGUAUUUGUAAAGGUUUCUGAAUUUCUCCAGUCUGUGGCAAUAGACCCAAUGUUUUACUCACUAUGAUUAGGUCACUGUAACCUUUCCAAUACCACUAUAGAUGCAUUAUGGAUAUCCCUGUGGAAGCCCAAGAGUCUGUCCUUCAACCUUUUGCGACAUGGGGCACCAGUUGAGGCUUAGAAUUGCUAACUCUGGUUGCACACAUUUCAAAAGGUUUCAUCACAUGAUCUCCCACAGCCCCACUCCAUCCUCACAACCCUGGCUGCUUGACAUGUCAAUCAUCACGGUGCUCCGCCUUCCCCAGGCCAAAUGGAAAGUGCAUAAACUCUAGUUCCUAACUGGAUGAUUCUCAGUCAAAAUACCUUGUUCCCAUCUCCAAUAUUUUUAUGACUUUUCAUAAAUGAAAGUGGUCAACGAAAAUGAAAAGAUAAACACAUUGUUUUUUCUUAUGAUUUGCUGGUGAGGUAAAUCUUUAAUUCCUGGAACCUUGAGGACAGUCCUGGAGAGUUGGUAACCCUAGUUGGGGUACCACCAUUGGCCAGAUUAAUUGCGGGAAGAACAUGAAAUGGACGUACUGUUCCCCAGUGAGACUCCAAGGGGCAAUCGAACUUGAACAUUAUGCAGACCAUGAGCCUAAAUUUCCUGUACAGAACAACUGUGCACAGCGUGACCCAGAAUUACCUGUGCACAGCACAAAAUUCCUCACAAAUACAAAUUCACAAAGCUCGUAAGAAAGCUGGAGAUAUCACAAUGGUGCAGUGAGAUAUUCUCCUGAGCUACAAGAUUGACACCCUGUCCUAUGGGUGGGAGGGUAAACGAGGGACAGGAAGCCACAGCUAGGCAGACCUAGGGACAGCCCCCAACAAUAAGGUGGCAAUAGAAGUGAUGAUGCGAAAGUGAAACUGAACAUCACAGAAAGGGGGAGCAGCAGCUACAUAUUGGACUUCCAAUGGUAUUUCACCCCGUGCUGUAUCUGCCCUGGGUGUGUUUGAUGGGGACAGUGUAGAGGGAGCUUUACUCUGUAUCUAACCCCGUGCUGUACCUGUCCUGGGAGUGUUUGACUGGGACAGUGUUGAAUUACUUUCAACCUUACCAUCCCACUGAAAGAUUUUUGCGGUCAGAUUGGUCAGGUAAUUUACCCUUCACUGAAGAUAAUGGAAAGCAAAUCCAGGAGCCAGUUGAAUUACGACAAUUGGAGAAGGUAAGGUUUAAAUACCCACCAUGUACCUGGGAAUUGUUCCGUUCUCUGACAUUAACUUUCCAACCUUAAUGAGCAGAACAAUUCAUCAAAAGGUAAAAAAAGGAAGAGUAUUAAAUGGAAUGAAAUAGUUCUUCAGUUCACCCUGCACCUAGAGCUGAUCAACUUCACUCCUUUCUUUAACAUUUCUCUGAAAUCAACACAAAUUCUCCAUCUCCCAUAAGCCUAUCAUUUAAAGAAAAGAUUGUUAUUUGGGUCUUGACCCAAAGUGCAGAGUUGAUCUCAAACUGGAGAUGUUGACUAUCAUCUCUCUCCAUGCUCUCCCAAUCUCUCUCCCAGCUACUGGGACACACCCUCUACUCUUUGUGGGUUUCUCAUGUGUAUCUCUGUAUGUCAGUCCCUGCUGGUACAGGGGAUAGCUGCUUCAUCACACAAUCAGACCGCCCAACUUACAGCAAAUGGAAGCAGGACUUCCUGUCUCACAUAAGCUGAAUUGUUAUCCUCCCCCAACACCUCCACCUCCCCCGUAAAUGUCUUCUCUGCCGUUGGCAUGGAUCUUGCCUGCCUGUCCUUCUGCUGGUCUCCACUUGCCAAGAUGUCACCAUGAAAUGGAAAUAUGUUGUCUAGAAUUGUCUGGUAAAAUGUAUUAUCACAAUCAUGUGUUAUUGCAACUUCUAAAUGCCAACUGUUGGAGAUCAGGGAGUUCCUCAUGACCCCUGUAUUAAAGAGCAUUAAAAAGAAUUUUGAACGA